AACUGUUUAGUCUUACUUGUGAAAGGUAAUUAUUUUACGGUCUACUACUCAGUCUCGUGUCUACGUCAGAGUAGUGGGCGUGGUGAUAUUACGUUACCGCAGCCACGUAAGCGGAGAACCAGGAAGUGUCGGGCACCGAGAGACAGCAAAAAAUGGCUCAGUUUGAAGAAGUAUCCCAAAAGUCCAAGCUGCAUCCGAAGCCAGAAGGACUGACGCUGCAGUACGGCACGGCAGGAUUUCGCACGCAAGCCAAACACCUGGACCACGUCAUGUUUCGCAUGGGCCUACUGGCCACCCUGAGGUCCAAAAAAACCAAAUCCACUAUUGGAGUCAUGGUCACUGCCUCCCACAACCCAGAGGAGGAUAAUGGGGUAAAGCUCAUUGACCCUAUGGGAGAGAUGGUGGCAGCGUCGUGGGAGGACUACGCCACACAGUUAGCUAACGCCGAGCAGGACUCUCUUCUCACAGCACUGAAAGAUGUUAUCGAAAAGGAGACCAUCGAUAUGAGCCAGUCAGCCAGCGUCUACAUCGGCAAAGACACCAGGCCAAGCAGUGGUAGUCUGUCUCAGGCUGUUGUGGAUGGUGUUUCAUGUUUGGGAGGCAAAAUUCAUGACUAUGGUCUGGUCACCACUCCUCAGCUUCAUUAUAUGGUGUGCUGUUGCAACACACAUGGUGGUUAUGGCAGUGCCACUGUGGAGGGCUACUAUCAGAAACUCUCACAUGCUUUCCUUCAACUUACACAGAAUGCCCUGAAUCGUACUGAUGACCAGAAAAGGCUGGUAGUGGAUGGAGCCAAUGGCAUUGGAGCAUUGAAGUUGAGAGAAAUGGAGCCGUUUCUUCGCUCCGAACUGCAGGUGGUGCUUUCAAACGACGGCAGUAGUGGAAAACUCAAUCACCUGUGUGGAGCCGAUCAUGUCAAAGUCCAACAGAAACCCCCUGAAGGUUUAACUAUGGGAGUAGGCGAGCGCUGUUGCUCGUUUGACGGUGACGCUGAUCGAAUUGUUUACUAUUACACCGAUUCUGAUGGACGCUUCCAGCUCCUGGACGGAGACAAGAUUGCCACCCUUAUCAGCACGUAUCUCAAAGAGCUGCUCACACAGGCAGGGUUGGACCUCCAGAUUGCUGUUGUUCAGACGGCCUAUGCCAACGGAAGCUCCACUCGCUACUUGGAGGAUGUGAUGAAGGUCACUGUAUGCUGUACGAAAACAGGCGUGAAGCAUCUACAUCACGCUGCACAGCAGUACGACAUCGGGGUUUAUUUUGAGGCCAAUGGGCACGGAACUGUUUUAUUCAGCAAAGCAGCCCAGAAAAAGAUCCAGGAGCUCGUAAAAGAUCCAAACGCAAACGAUGAGAGAAAACGAGCGGUUAAACUCCUGGAGAAUACAGUUAACCUGAUUAACCAGACUGUAGGUGAUGCUAUCUCAGAUAUGCUGCUGAUCGAAGCUGUGUUGGCCAUCAGAGGGAUGUCUGUGCAAGACUGGGGUGCAAUUUACACCGACCUGCCAAACCGCCAGCUUAAAGUUAAGGUGUCGGAUAGGCGUGUCAUAGACACGACAGACGCAGAGAGGAGAGCCGUAACACCGGAGGGUCUGCAGGAUGCCAUUGACUCGCUCGUGAAGAAGUACAAACAGGCUCGGGCUUUCGUUCGACCCUCGGGAACGGAAGAUGUCGUCAGGGUCUAUGCGGAAGCAGACACACAGGAAAGUGCUGAUAGUCUGGCUCAUGAGGUCAGCCUGGCUGUGUAUCGCCUUGCCGGUGGAGUGGGUGAUGAGCCUAAACCUCUAAAUUAAGAUGUUGAAUCAUAGACAUAGUCUGAAGAAAUGUCAAUAUUAUGAAUACUGUACAUUUACAGUAAAUUACAGGUUUUGUGGCACAAA